AUGGAACAGCGGGUUGGGGAUGCGAAUUCUACCAGCGGAGAGAACUUCUCCCAGCUGGUCCACAUGACAGCACCCAGACAUCGCGUGCCCUUCGCAAAUAUCAGCUCCGAAACAACGUUCGAUGCGAGGAGAACCAAGACUUUCGGUGUGGCAGACGACAAUGACGAUGAUGAUGAUGAUGAUAUUGGUGGUGUCGUGGUAUCGCAUCACAUUUUAUGGUUGUAUCGCCCGGCGCCCUCGUGGGAGGUUUAUCACCAUAGGGGCCUUGAAUUUCGAAAAGCUAAGUUUGUGUGUGAUCAUACUACAAAGGCAUUGAGUGAAAUUCUCUCAAUAUUGGAACACAACCUUUGUCCUGUUGCGAUCAAAUUUCAAGUCAAUAAUACUAAAAAAGAUGCCAUAAUGCGAGGGUUCUACGAAAAAACGGGAUUCUCAGGGAUUACUGGAUGCGUGGACGGAACUCACGUGAGGAUUAUUUCUCCAGCUAAUGAUCAACACCUAUAUUUCAAUAGAAAGGGCUUCCAUAGCUUGAACGUAAUUGUGGUAUGCGAUCACAAUUUGAAGAUAAGAUUUGUUGAUGCGAACCAUCCAGGAUCAUGUCAGCACUCAUUUGUGUUCAACGGCAGUAGCCUCGGUCAUCACCUGGCUACAAACCAUAACAAUGGUGAGGAAAACACAUGGCUCCUAGGUGAUUCCGGAUAUCCGCUAAAACCGUAUCUAAUAACACCAUUUCGUUCAAAUUCUGAGUAUCCGUUACAUUGA